CUAUAUUUUUAAUCGAGAGGGUUUGAAUAUUAUGAUCGUAAUUAACCUUUGAGAUGAAGAAGAAAAAGGAGAGAGGCCUGUGAGUAUAAAGAAAGAGAAAAUAAAAACAGAAUAUGAGCGAGUAAUCUUAUCAGAAUCAGAAAAAUAUAUUUCACUAAAAGGAUCUGCCCCAAAGCUAGUGGACUCAUAUAUUCGCCUUUUAGAGUAUAGUUAUGAAUUUGAACCAUCAGAGAACAAAUAUGUUGAAAUACUAGAAGACAUCAUCACUGAAUUACAAAAUGGAUGUCCAGAGAACAAGCUUAUGCAAACCAAAACUGAUUCGAUCAGUAAAGUUGAUGUGAAAGUUGAUGAUUCUUCACACCAAUGCGACCCUAUUGAAUUUUAUUCGCUCAUUCUUGAUAUAUUUAAAUUUCUAAUGCCAAAACUGAAAGAUCUCAGACUUAAUAUGAUCUUACAAUAUAAACGAAUAAUAUCCACUAUCACAAGUUGAUGGCAAUACCUGACCUGGAACCCAGAACCUCCUUGCUCAGGCCCAGCCUUUAAAAGAGUGAAAAAAGAGCUUUCUAAAGAAGAAGAUCAGUCAGAUCAGCUCAAACCUGAUAUUCCUGAUUCAAAAGCCCAGUCUCUAAAAGAAAGACUAGAUACAGAUUUAAGAUUGUAUUUAGAAGAUAUGUACAAAGGUGCUUUACAUGUCAAAACUGAAAAAGAAGAGCUAUCACAGCCAGAAGACUUGCUGAUAUCCAACCUUAAAUAAAAACUUAAACCUCAUCGAAAUGGAAAAAUACAGAGCAGACAAGCUUUAUGAAAUAAAAAUUAAACAAUUCAAGGCCAAACUGAAGAACAGGAAGAACCAUAAGAAUUCCAGACGCCAAAGGGACAACAAAAGGUACAAGAAGCUUGACCCAAAACUUUUCAUUGAAAUUUUCCACGACACUUCGAGAAAUCUGAAUCAUGAGCAGAAAAAGAGAGAGUUUUACAAAAAACUUAACCCUCAAAAGAGAAAAAUCUUUGAAGAGUGGGACAUGAGAGGGUAUAAUAGACCUAUAGACAUCAGAGAAAGACCAGGAUUCAAACAAGAACCUGGUGUUCCAGUCAGGUCUAAUAUAUUCUUUGACAAGAUUAAAGCAGAAGAAAUAAAACAAAAUAUGAAGAAAGAGGAGACAGAAUCAGAUAAUAUCUGCCAAUGGUAUGUUGAAGAUACUACUGAACCGAGCUAA